AUGCCGAUCGCAAAAGUUACAACUACACCGCUAGGGGCAGCAACGACUACACCGCUGGCUACCGCAACCGCAACAGCGACAUCGAUAGGAAUAGCAACAGCUACACCGUUAGUGACAGCAACAACUAAACCGUUGGUGACAGCAACGACUGCACCACUGACAGCUACAUCAGCGACAUCGACAGGAAUAGCAACAACUACACCGUUAGUGACAGCAACGACUACACCGCUGGCAACCGCAACAGCGACAUCGACGGGAAUAAGUUCAAUGCCUUCAACUACUUCAAGUAUUGGUGUCAGCGUAUUGACCAGCGGAAAUUCAUGGUUUCUCAGCGAAGAGGUAGUAUUUAACUGCUCUGCUACCAUCACGAACAUCAGCAUUGUGACUACUGUGCAAAAAACGGUUGGUGCCUACUUUAACGCGAUUUGGAAUACUAUUUCGACUGCAAGUAUUACUCAAUCUUGUAUAGACAAUGGUGCACAGAUGAUUUACACAUGGGGCAUGAUCAACGGACAAACAGUUCCGACAUCUCAGUGCCCAUUCAAAAUGGCGGCGGAUUUUAAUUUGUUGGGCACAGCUCAGCCGACAAGUGGCGAUAAUUAUUUAGUAAAUAUCGAAAUGAUCACUGGUCAAGUGUAUGCAUUUUCAGGGAGCUUUUGA